AUGCAGGCUGGGUCUGGACCGAGAGGCCGGUCUUUGAAGUAUGUUGGGUGGAAGCCACCAGAAACAGGUUGGGUGGUAGUGAAUUCCGAUGGUAGUGCAUUGUUGUCAGCAGGAAGGGCAAGUUGUGCAGGUUGUUUUCGAAACAAUGAAGUAUUAGCAUGGGAUUCAGGGCGGAAGAAGAUUGAAGUUCAAAUGGAUUCUCAACUCGCAUUAGAUUUACUUGCAGGUAGAGGUGCAGGAGUUUUUAGAGUUGCUAAUUUGGUGAGGAAUUGCCGUGAUCUUAUCAAUAGAAGCUGGGAAGUCAAGAUGGUUAGGGCUUUCAUGGCCUAG